AUGACCACCACUACACAUUCGGUUCACGUUGCCAAUCUCGCAGAAACCACGACAGAGAAGAAUCUAUCUGAUUUCUUCACUAAAUUGCUCCAUUUGCUCCCGGUUUCUGAUAUUGAUCACGGAUCGCCGCCUGACAACUUUAGGAUUACGUCGAUUGACUUUGACUCCAAGGCACAUGCGGCUACAGUCCAUUUUGAAAGUCCAAAUGCCGCUAAAACCGCUUUAAUGCUAAACGGCGGUACCCUGGACGGCUCUACUAUCUCCGUUACGUCUGACGUUGAGUACGAGGACCUUCCCCACCAAGAACAUCAUGACGAAACGACGCCCAUCCAACAAACUGACAAGCCACGUGCGGCGAUCGCCGCGGAGUACCUUGCCAAGGGGUACACACUCUCCGAUAAUAUUCUCCAAAAGGCAAUCGACUUGGAUCAGAAACAGGGAAUUUCGCAGAGGUUCCUGAAUUAUCUCCGUUCGUUUGAUCGGACAUUGGGAGAAAAGCUCUUUGGCCAUAAAGAGACUCCUGCUGGAGAACAGGAGAAGGGAACCGCCGGUGAGACAUCAGAGACAGGUGCAGCCGCAGGGAUCGCACGCCAUCCUACUGUCAGUGGCAAAGCACAGGAGACGGUGGCGGGGAUUCGAGAUCGAGCGAAAGCAAUGGAUGAAGAGAAGGGGUACUCGAAACAAGCGUCAAGUUACUACGAGAGGGCAAUCAACUCCCCAUUGGGACAGAAAGUGUUUGCGUUUUACUCGAGCACUUCGAAACAAGUGCUAGAUAUUCACGAAGAGGCGAAGCGAAUUGCUGCAGAGACCAAGCAAACCGCAACUCCUGAGUCUCCCGGGAAGGCACACCCUCUUGGUGCCAUCCUCAUUGGCACAUUUCUCAACGUCUGGCUGUACGGAAUACUAGUCACCCAAGUCACUCUGUACUACAGUGUAUAUAAACGCGAUGCGACUUGGAUUAAGUUGCUAGUUGCCUGGAUCAUGCUGCUCGACACGCUGAAUUCCAUCUUCGAUAUGGGAUUUGUCUACCGUUAUAGCAUCACAUUAUUCGGCGACUUCCCCGCUCAGCUGCAUUCUCACUGGUUUUUCCAUAUGGUGCAACCCGCUAUCUACACAGCGCCCUUGAUGACGGUCACCAUCGCCGCGACAACACAGGGAUUCUUCGCCUGGCGCAUCAAUCGCCUUACUGGCUCUAAAUGGGUUAGCUGGGCGAUCGCACUAGUCCUCCUCGUACAAUUCGCGGCGGGAGCUGCAACAACUGUCGGAGCAUGGCAGGUUAUAGAUUUCACUAGAUUUGGCGAGCUGAAAGCGCAAAUAUCGUUAUGGCUAGUGACAUCUGCAAUAGCGGAUGUUAUGAUCACCAUCGUUCUGACUUGGUAUUUACACACCCAUCGAACUGGAUUCUCUAAGACAGAAGAUCUUAUCGCUCGGUUGAUCAGGCUCACCGUACAAACCGGAUUAAUCACGACACUAUGGGCGUUGGUUGACCUAAUUAUGUACCUGGCCGUAGUGACCAAACCCAUUACACCUCUUAUUCAAUCUUCCACUGCCAACUCGCUCUUGUCAACUCUCAAUGCACGUGGUGGCUGGGGGGAUGACAGCAUGCAAGGCAGCAAGAACACGACCGGAGGCAUUUCAAUCCCGAUGUCUAUCAAAAUGCCGCGAAGUCACGAGCAUCAGGCGGAAGUUCCUCGCGAACUUGAAGUCUCACGAACAGUGGAGUAUGAGGAGGGGAGUUUUGAAAUGGAGGACUCCUCCAAAUCUCAAGUACGGGGGUUGAAAGAUAUUGAACAAGGUGGCUAUUCCGUGCAUGAAAUCAAGCAUGGAGGGGACCGACCUCUUAGCUCAGAUGUCGAGCAUAAGUUCUAA